AUGCAGUUAAUAAAGCGAGUCGGCGCCUUUUUAAUACAUUCUGCCUACAUUUCUUCUAAUAAUUUAAUAUAUACUAAAAUCAGGACUAACCAUUUUAGAAGUCUUGAACCAGCUAAUGAGACAGUUGUCAGUGACAUUGUUGAUAACAUCGUUGAAUCCAGCGUCAAUCCCAUCAAAACACUCCGCAUAAUUGAUACUACUCUUAAUUCUGUUGAUAACCCACUUGAUAUUAUAGAUAAAAAACUAGAUAAUACAGACGAACCUACUUCCAAUAUUGUUGAGAAAGUUGAUACCGUAGAUAGCAGUGUCAAUCAACUUAUACCUGUUUAUAGUACAGAGAAAGCCGUUAAUACUGAUGAUCACACUAAAGUUGGCCUUGGAACAAAAACUGACUAUGUUGAUCCAUUUAAUCAAACUUACCUUAAAAAAAUAAAAUCAGGUCCUAACAACCAAAAUUCUUUGCAGGAUGUUAGAUUGAUGGAAGGGAACCAAGAAAAGAAAGGCGUAGUGUUGGGAUACGAAGAGUACAAUAACCUGAAGGAAGAGAUCGCAAUGUUGAAGAGAGAGUUGACCGACGCUAAGAAUUAUAUGUUACAACGAAAAAAGGGGAAAAGGGUGUAUGAGCCAAUAGAAGUUAGGCUAAAUAUACGUAUUCACGAAUCAGAUCUUCUCACCAAGUGCAAUUUCUUCAAAAAAAAAGCUCUAAAGGGUUAUCCCUUGAUCCUUACUAUAAAAACUGAUGGGAACGCGAAGGACUACACUCUGGCUGCAGAGGGUAUUUUGAACAAGGCAAAGAUUUUCCUUGGUAACUCGUGUACUCCAGCCGGCAAAAUCACAGUUUCCGGCAGUCGAAUUUCACAACGCUUCUCCCCUGUUGAUGACCCUUUUGCUAAUUCAGAUGAAACCCAUUUCCCUAUGGAUACUCCUGAAACCAAACCCUACUUCCAUUCAUAUUCUGAGUAUGAGAAUAAUAGAACUGCUAGUUAUCAAAGAAAUAUAAGACCUGAAACGCCUUCAAAGCCCAUGAAAGAUGUUGUUGCUAAGGAAAUCAAAACUUCAAGUCUGUCCACUGGUGGCAAGUCUGGAGAAUUUAGAUAUAGUGCAAAACUUGUAAACAAUCCUCGAGUGCCGGAGGUGUCUGUCAGUUCAGCGGAACCAGGCUCUAGAUGGAUAGUAAAGCAUAAAAGCUCCACAUCUGGACCCCCAAAUAAUACUAAUUCUAAUGUUGAACCUAAAUCGGAGCCUGACAACAGUAAGUGGAAGGUUCUUAACAAGACCAAAUAA